AUGGAGAGUCACGGAGAGAGAAGUUUCAUGAUCCUCACAUUUCUGGCGCAAGGAAUUGGAAACAAAUUCCUGUUGUUGUCAUUAGUUUCGAAGGAAGGCCUGGCCAGUUUGCCUGGAAUUCUCGUGGUGAAGUUUAGCACGACGUCUGAAUACCACAACCUCGUUUACUUCCUUGUUGCGUUUUUCAAACUUGUCUGGACGAUAAACAUCCCCACGAUAUUCAAUUCGACUGGCAUUUCCAGUUCCUUCAACAGAUAUGCGCAGGAAGACCUCCUGCAGCAUAAUCCUCGAAGGUUGCCACAGGGGAGGACUGCCGCGCUGUGUAAUUUGCUAAACGGUGCUGCAAUUUUACUGAUUAUGGCUACUACUAUGAUUGGAGCUGUGGGGCCAUAUGAGGCUGAUGCUGAGGGUUUCGACCAGUAUGCUGAAAGGGUCAACCUGUUCAUGGAGGCCAAUGGAAUCAAGGAUGAUGUGAAGGUGCAAAGUUUUCUAGCCAUCAUCGGAGCCAGUGCAUAUGGUGUAUUGAAAUCCAUGUGUUCACCGGACUUGCCUAGGACUAAAACUGUGGAUCAAUUGAUUGAUCUGCUGCGGAAACAUUACGACCCAAGACCAUUGGUAAUCGUGGAACGGUUUCGCUUCAUGAAGCGAACACAGAGGGACUCUGAGAAUAUUUCGCAAUUCGUAACUGAAUUGAAGCGCCUGAGUACCCAUUGCGAAUUUGGGACGACGCUAUUGGAACGACUGCGUGAUCAAUUCGUGGUUGGGUUGAAAGCGGAGGCCAUUCAACGAAGACUGUUGGCGGAAAGGGAAUUAACCUUUGAUCGGGCAGUGCAGGUUGCUCAUUCUAUGGAAACUGCGGCAAAGGACUGCAGGGAACUGAUUGGGGCAGCGGCCAAACAGGACAACAAAGUGCAAUUCGUCUCGCGAAAACCUGCAGGUGGGGGUAAGCCUCGCAGUCAGCAGACAUGGCAGAAGCCUACGACGACUUACUGUUAUCGGUGUGGCAAACCCGAUCAUAAGGCAGACACGUGUAUACAUAAGGAUACUGAAUGUAGUAAAUGUCACAAGAAAGGACACUUAAAGCGAGUGUGUCGUAGUACGUGGGCAUCGAACUCUGAUAAUUCCAAGUCAGGGUCUACCUCAUCGCAGACACCCAGGAAAAAGGGUUAUGGUCAAAAGGGACGAGUGUAUAAUGUCCAAGGAACUGAUAGUGCGCCGCCGCAGGAGGUGCCGUCAGGUGAGGAGGUCUACGAUAGUCAUUUGUACCAUAUUCGGCCCGGGACGAGGGCAAACUCGCGCAGUACACCGGCUUUCAUGUCAAAGAUGACGAUAAAUGGAGUCGACGUAGCGAUGGAGAUCGAUACUGGGGCAGCCGCGACAUUGAUCAGUGAACGUACGUACCGAGAACUACUGGCAGAAUGGGUGCAGUUAAAUCCUACUGCCUGUACGCUCCGUACAUAUACGGGAGAACCGUUGGCGAUAGCAGGUACGUGUGUGGUGCAGGUUGAAUACAAUGGGCAAAGGCAUGAAUUGCCAUUGUUGGUCGUGCAGGGUAACGGUCCGUCGUUGCUUGGGCGAGACUGGUUGUGUGAAAUAAAGCUCGAUUGGAAAAAGGUGUGUCGCAGUGGUUCUGGUUCGGCACAGGGGUCCAGGGGUGCGAUAAAUCGUGUAACGUGCGUACAGGAAAUUCUUGAGAAAUAUCCAGAGGUGAUGGAGGACGGCCUCGGUACCUUGAAAGGGGUCAAGGGACAUGUGCAAGUGGAUUCUGACGCAGAACCGCAGUUCUUCAAGGCUAGGAACGUACCCUAUGCCUUACGUGAGAAAGUAGACACCGAGUUAGAUCGACUCGAGAGAGAGGGUAUCAUCGAAUCUGUACCAUUCUCCGAUUGGGCAGCUCCGAUCGUUCCAGUCGUUAAGCCGGACAAAAGCGUUCGCAUCUGUGGAGAUUUCAAAGUUACUGUAAAUCGUUAUGCACGUGUGGAGAAGUAUCCCCUUCCCCGAGUGGAAGAUUUGUACGCUAAACUCUCAGGUGGGCAGAAAUUCACCAAGCUUGACUUGCGUCAGGCAUACUUCCAAAUUGAACUGGACGAAGGGUCUAAGAAGUACGUAACAAUCAAUACGGCAAAAGGGUUGUUUCGGUACAACCGUUUACUUUUCGGGGUAAGUUCGGCGCCCGCAAUUUUCCAAAGGAUCAUGGAUCAGUUGGUGGGUGAUACUCCGUUUGUAGUCGCGAGAUUAGACGACAUACUCAUCUCCGGUCGCGAUGACGAGGAGCAUUUGCGAAACUUGGAGGAAGUUCUACGGAGAUUGGCUGAGGUUGGGUUGAGAUUAAACCGGGCCAAGUGCAUCUUCAUGGCCGAUGAAGUGAUCUAUCUUGGGUACAAGAUCAGUGCUGAUGGUCUGCAUACUGUAGCUGAGAAAGUCAAGGCUAUUGCAAUGGCACCACAGCCAAAGAAUGUCAAGGAGCUCCGAAGCUACCUUGGUUGCUUGAAUUACUAUGCAAAGUUCAUGCCGAACUUAUCUACGGAACUUGAACCGUUGCACAGGCUGCUUAAGCAGGACAAUCGGUUUGUGUGGGGUAACGAACAGGAUGUUGCGUUCCGUCGCUCCAAGGAAUUGCUACAAUCCGCGUCUGUGUUGGUUCAUUAUGAUCCAGACAAGGAACUAAUACUUGCUUGCGAUGCUUCGCCAUACGGGGUUGGGGCUGUGCUAGCGCACAGGUUACCCGACGGGACGGAGCGUCCGAUUAGUUUUGCAUCACGUACGUUAGCCGCCGCUGAAAGGAACUAUUCUCAACUGGAGAAGGAGGCAUUAGCGAUCGUGUGGGCUGUAAAGUACUUUCAUUGUUAUUUGUACGGACGUGCGUUUGGUAUUCUGAGUGACCAUAAGCCACUUGAGAGUUUGCUCGGUGAACAGAAGCCAAUUCCACCGUUAGCGUCAGGUAGAAUUCAGAGAUGGGGGCUGAUGCUAAGCGCUUAUCAGUAUGAGUUGAAGUACAAAUCUGGGGCGAAAAUGGCAAACGCUGAUGCCAUGAGUAGGUUGCCGUUGCCUACCACGGUGCGAGAAGUACCAACACCUGCAGAGACGGUUUGUUUACUGGAAUUCAUGGAUUCGUCACCAGUGGAUGUGGAACUGGUACGGACUAUGACGGAUAAAGACAUUGUACUGUCCAGGGUGAGACGUCUGGUUAGACAUGGUUGGCCGGAGUCGAAGAAGGAUGGUGAACUGUUGCCAUACUAUGUUAGACGUGAUGAGCUAUCCAUACAGGAUGGAUGCAUACUUUGGGGAUCUCGCGUGAUCGUGCCAACUGCAGCUAGAGAACGCGUUAUGUACCUGCUACAUGAGGGACAUCCGGGUAUUGUGCGCAUGAAAGUGUUCGCACGGCAAUACAUGGUCGUGAUGUGCGCCGUCAUGUUGACCACAUCAGGUCCGGGUGAGGACAGAGUCUGA